AUUUAAUUUAAAUAAAUUUAUACAAUGUAGUAUUACACAUGAGUAUAUUUAUAUGGGUGUGUAAUAGUAGAAGCAUUUUUAUUUCUGUUAACUUUACUAACUUUGGUAAGUAGGUAGUUAGAUCAUUGACUUGGAUUCACAGACGAGGUAAGUAUGCGAGUGUAUAUAUAUACUUCGUAUGAAAAUGUAUGCCAUCUAGCGUAAAGAAGGAGUAAUCAAAAUAUAUAUUUUUGCGAAGUGGAAUGAAAAAGAUGUCAGAUACAGGGAAUUACUAUGUGCUUGUUUGGAUGUAAAGAGGAUAUUUCAUAUCUUGUUAUUUUUGCAACGAAAUAUUUUGGAUCAAAAUAACGUUUUAUAUAUAUUAUUUAUACAUUAUACGAUAUUAGAAUUCAAGCUGUUCUCGGUUAUUGCACUAACCUCGAGAUCUUUGUUAAUCAGCUGUUGUUGAUAUGAUAUUAUUGACAUUCUGUUAAAGUCAAUACUAGUGCAUACUAUAUUUGUUAUUUGCAAAAAAUAAUGAAUUCUUCGCUCAAUGAGCAAUGACGAAUGCUGGUUUACCAAGUUGAAGGUGGUUGUACUACGCAUUAAAAAAGCUGUACUUUCUCUUUGUAUAAUUAUAGAGUAACAAAACAUUUUAUUUUUAUGAUACAUUGAAGAAUUUUAAGUGACAUAGAUAAUAUUUGCAAAUACUGUGAGAAUGGACAGCCUUUUCACACAAAAUAUUUCAGACGAACCAGAGGAUAUACCACAAACAGAUGAACCAGUAUGGAUUCUUGGGAAAAAAUAUAAUGCCAUAAGAGAACUGGACAUAAUUCGUAGGGAUAUAAGAUCCAAGUUAUGGUUUACUUACCGAAAAAAUUUUGUACCUAUUGGUGGUUACAAUUCUACAUUUACAUCUGACAAAGGUUGGGGAUGUAUGUUAAGAUGUGGUCAAAUGGUUCUUGGUCAAGCUUUAAUUAUAUUACAUUUAGGUAGAGAUUGGCAAUGGACUGCAGAAACUAGAAACAGUACGUACCUGAAAAUUCUAGAACGUUUUGAAGACAAACGAACUGCUGCUUUCUCAAUUCACCAAAUUGCAUCAAUGGGAGCAUCAGAAGGAAAAGAAGUUGGACAAUGGUUUGGACCCAACACAAUAGCACAAGUAUUAAAAAAAUUAGUUGUGUUUGAUGAAUGGAGUUCAAUUACAAUACAUGUUGCUUUGGAUAAUACAUUAAUAGUUAAUGACAUUUUAAAGCAAUGUAGAGUAGAAGGAGGUACAACAGUGGAAGCUGAUGGUGCUGUACCAUUGAAAGCACCUAGCCAAUGGAAACCUUUAUUACUUUUAAUACCUCUUCGCCUUGGAUUAAGCGAGAUUAAUCCAAUCUACAUUAACGGUCUUAAAACUUCAUUCAAAAUUCCACAAUCUCUAGGAGUAAUAGGAGGAAAACCUAAUCUUGCACUAUAUUUCAUAGGAUGCGUCGAAAAUGAAGUAAUUUAUUUAGAUCCUCAUACAACACAAAGAUCGGGUAGUGUUGGCAAAAAAUUGGAAGAGGAAGAGAUUGAAAUGGAUGCUACCUACCAUUGUAAAUCUUCUAGUCGUAUACCUAUCACGGGAAUAGAUCCUUCUGUAGCACUUUGUUUCUUUUGCGCAACUGAAAAGGACUUUAAAUCUUUAUGCAAAUCUAUUCAGGAAGAAUUAAUAACACCAGAAAAGCAACCUUUACUUGAAUUAUGUGCAGAAAGAUUAGCCCAAUGGUCACCAGUUGAAGAUAUAGCUUCAGAAGCUAUAGCAACUUCAACUUUUGUAGAUUUUGAACAUAUAGAUCCACAAUGUGAUACAUCUGAUGAAGACUUUGAAUUACUUGGUUGACAUUUAAUCAACAAUUAACAAAAUCUACGAUAUAAAUAAUGUAUAUAUAACAUCAAAAAUGAUCCAUUCGUACAUAAAAUACAACCAUUCAUCCAAUAUCUACAUUUGACUUAAACUAGUACUAUUUCAAAGUACUAAUAAUUGAAUAAUAAAAUAAUUUAUAUCAAAUAAUUAAAA